GCGGGUCGACGCUGCUGUGCAUGCUCGGUUUUUCAGUUGCCAGGGUCGUCACUGUGGACACGGACAUGGACGUGGAUUCCUCACCUGAGGCCAUCAAUCUUGCCUUGGGGACUUCCACCGAAUUCAGGCGCAGAUGGCUCUUGGACCGUGUGCGUUUGGAGCGCCACAGGGCCACCGUGUUUGAGGUGUUGGAGGCUCUGACGAGCGAUGAUGUCUGGCGCGACGUCAACGUCGACGACGUCUGGGGCGUCGUCGACGACGUGUACCCCUUUCAGCUGAAGUUUGACGACGCCGCCAACACUGUGACGGCGCUGAGGCGCGCACUAGUCGGUUUGGUGCAGCACCAACGGGCGUUUCGCUUGCAGUUCCUUAUAGUGAAGUCCGCCGCUGCCCUGUCGCAGGAGAUCGCAGAGCUCAGCGCCGAGCUCUCCUCCCACUAUGCACAUUCUUUCACAGCGAAGGCUGCGCAUGCGGGGCCCAAGUCCGUGGAGGCUUUCAUGCUCUUUUCUGGUCCGCGCGGUUCCCCAGUGCCCACCAGGCCGCGCGUUGCGCGGCAGCAGAUGUUUGCACUGCAGCUCCUGGAGAGCAGACUCUACCAGACUGCAACUCAGCUGCGCAUGAUGCUCAGUGGCACCAUCGACUUCGCUACCGCGCGUAUGUCCGCUAGUGAACCCAUGGGCAGUUACUUUUCGAACUCGCGCGUGCCCGCAUCCUGGCUGUUCCGAGACUACUGCGCCGCGCAGAUCGGCAUAUAUGUGAUUCACCUACCUGGCGACUCCACAUGGCCCUACCUUGGCGGGCGCAGUUCCCAAGUCGACGUUGUGUCUGCCGGACGCAUGUCUGACGCAGGACUGCAUUCUUUUGGCACUGACGCGGCGUCUCACGUGCUCAAGAUGUUCCGUGUCCAGUCUUGCGGGUCAUUCCUCGAGGAAGUGGUGGCAGAGGAAGUCCACGGCGCGGUGUACCUCUCGCUUGCCAGCGUCGUGCACCUCCACGCAGAGGCCGACCCUCGCGCCACCGGCAUGGAGUGCCGUGUCACCGAUUCUUUCACGGCGGAAUCCCUGCACGACUGCGUGGCCGUGAACCUUCCGCGCCCGAACUCCGACCUUGCCACCGGGGGAGUUGCGCUCAAUGUGGUCGGCCGAGUCAGGGGCGGUGGCCAGCUCGUCCUCAUGACUCAUUCUAAGUUCUUCCACCAGACGAAGACCAUGCUGGCUGCGUGGUCUGAGUCAGUCAGUGGACUAGAAUGCCUACCUCGCCCUGUCGGUCUGAGCUCGCGCUCUUCCGGUGCCGACGUCCACGACAGAUGCUUCGAUUCGGCGGCUGUGAUCUACUGCCGGGGCAAGAGUGCGAAGAGCGGUCCUGCGGUCGACUCGAGCAGCGCCAAGACGCACAAGUUACAAGAUGGCCUCUUGCCCAGGCCACUCAGGAGCACGCAGGUUGCGUCAUAUCUGGCCGCCUACUGUGCACCUCUCCCCAAGCUCUCCGGGCGCGUGAUCAUAUUCGACGCUGCUGGCUCUGCGCUCGCGGUGGUUGCCGGGCGUGUCAUGCGCGACGGGGAGGCGUUCCGGCAGAAGCUUCUGUCGGGCGCGCGGACGUGCAGACCCAUCUUCGCGUGGCCAUCUCACCGGAUACUCGCGGGAGCCUGGCUGCUGGACCUAGUGAUGUGUCAUGAUGUAGCCGAGUUAUUCUCGGAUGCUUGUGCCUCCUUCCACCCGCGUAGAUGCGCCCGCGGCGCGGGCUUGUAUCUGUUCGAGCGCACGCCGACGCGCGUCGCCCAAACGCUGCUAGGCACCCCGGUUGGGCACCUCGUCCAGGACCCCUGGGAGAACAUGGCCAAAAAGCAGCGCUCUGGACAUGGCCCUGACUCCCCAGCGACCCCGCUCCUCGGCGAGAUGCGCGCGGAGGAUCAGGGGUACGUGCAGAUGCCUGGAGGCGACAUGGACGGCCCAGCCGAGAGGGACGCUCCACCAUUUCGCCAGCCGGAUUUCGGCGCUGCCGCGGCCUCCUCGGAGAAGGACGAUGAGCCUGUCACGAUGGCUGGAAUCGCUGCUCUCCUUCAGCAUCAGCUGGGCCCCGUGACUUCGGUGGUGGCAGAUCUUAAGAAACGGUUCAUGAAGCUCGACAGCAAAGUUACCGACUUGGGCACUUCCCUUGUGGGCCGCUUGGACGACGUGGAUGCGAAGCUGAUCGAUGCAGACUUGCGCAUAGAGAAGCUUGAGAACAUGUACGCGGCCAUGCAGGCACCCCCCAGUGCCGCGGAUAUUGACGAGAAGAUCCAGGCGAGCAUCCAGCAGGCCUUCGCGAGCCAGGCCUCGCAGCAGGCGCCUCUCACCAAGAACGUCCCGCUGGUCGACAGGAAG